AUGGAAGUGGCUGCUGUGGGGUGGUCCCCACCGGUGGUAACCAUCCAAAGACACCCGUCAGCCUUGCAGCCCGUGGCCCUAGGUCUUCUGCUACAUGCCACCACGGCAGAAUCUCUGGAGCUCUUGUCUUAUCCAAGCACAGAAAUUAGCCUCUGGGAAGGCAACCAGGAUCUUAAGUCCCUGCUGGCAAAGCGCAAGUAGGGCCUGCGAGACCUCAGGGAGAAAUUCCUUAUGACCAGAGCUACUGCCUGCUCCUUGGCCAAUCAGCUGAAGAAACACAGCGAGUCCUCCAGGGCCAUGGUCACCACGCAAAGCACUGCCCUCAUUACACGGGGAACCGUGGUGAUAGUACACCUGGGGGAAGCGGGGGAUCAUACCUGCUUUAAAGCAGCUGAAAGAAGAGUCGGCUCCUCACUGUACCUGGUGCCCAUGAGUGACGCUAUCAAAAUGGACGCCUCCUCCCUUGAAGGCAGCGAGCACAGCAGAGUGUCCAGCUUCCCACUGAUGCAGGGUCUCUGCUUCUCAGAGUCUGAGGAGUACAGAGACAUCAUCCAAUCCUUGCUGGAGGAGAAGCUGCACCUUGGGCAGGGGACGCCGGCAGAGAAGCAGAUGCUAGCUGACAUGCUCAAGGAAUGCAUCACCCUGACUGAAGAUCAGGAGCAAGACCUGGCCCAGCUGAAACAUAAGUUACAGGAAGUGGGAAAGGUGUCUGUCCUCCUCAAGCAGCACCUCUAGGACCUCCUCAGCCGUGAUGACCCGGACAACUACCAGGGACAAGCCUUGCGAGAGAAACUGGCGGAAAGACGCAGGCUGGUGGAGCACCUUGUCCUCAAGCUCAGCCCAGGGGAGGCGGCCACAGGCUCUGACCCUAGCUCCUCUGACUUGCCAGGGCCUGAGGACCUCCACUAUCCCCCGGCGCUCUCCAUAAAUUGGACAGCUGUUUCCCUCUUGAGGGGAAUGCCCUUUUCUUUCAGGGACCCCUUGCUACACCUGCCAUCAGAACCAGCUAGGAAGCCCAUGGUGUCUGAUACUCUCCUUUUAUUUAAUCUUCUGUCCUCUCUGUACCACCCGGCACAACUUCAGGAAGUUGAGGAGGAGGAAGUCCUACAGGGCUCACAGGACUGUGAGCUGGAUGGAGCCUGUGAAAGCUCCCAUUCUGAAGGGGGUAAAACUACAACUGGUCUCCUAGUGUGGAGCAGGAGGAAGUCCUGCAGCCUCCCAGGAUCCCUGUGCUUUGACUCCUCCGACACUCGGGAAGGGUCUGACUGCUACCAGCCAUACCAUGAGGGAAAAUUCCCACUUGCUGGACAUGAAAUUGAUGGUGCUCUGAAUGGAGCCUAUGAAAGCUCCCAUUCUGAAGGGGAUGAGACUCCACCUGGUCUCCCAGUCCUCAGCCCUACAUCCUCCAUGCUCUUCCACGGGGAACUGCGGGAGGUUGCACUGCAUGACAUCCCACAGGACUCACUGGAUGGUUGCUAUCUGACUUCCUCAGUUCUUCUUGACUUGUGUAACUCCCAUUGCCCUUAUAGGGGCUCAUCCAUCAGCUCAUUUGAGGAACUGGAAGUCUGUUCUGCUCUGCAUGCAGCCAGAAAUCAUACUCACCUGGAGGAGGAGGAGGAAGACCAAGACCACAUUUGUUCCAGGGGCUUCCCAUUUGUUUACUGGGACCAGUUCCUUACCCUUCCCAUCAAACUAGCUGGGACUCUGUGUACUAACCCUGCUUAUUUAAUCAUCAGUCCUCCCUGCCCAGUGAGACUCAGUUGGGAGCUGCUGAUGGUAAAAGGGAAGGAAGUCCCACAGGAUGCAGUGCAUGAACGUUAUUUGACUUGCUCGAGGGUCUGUGACCUGCUGGCCUCCUAUAGGCCUUCCAGAAGUGCCUCAUUGACACCUGAUGUGCAGCAAGUCUUCAUGGCACUGGAGUCCAUGUCCCACCAGUGGAUCCUGGUGGCUGUGGCUUUCUUUACAGAGCUGGGUUUGGAUGUUUCUGUUGGAAAGAGGAAGCCUCCCAAGCUGGAGGAUGAUGUUUCUGAGGGCACAGCUGCUGACAAGCAUGAGUGCCCAGUGUCUGGCCACAUUAAUGCCUUGAGUACCAGAAAAGAGAAGGUUCUCCAAAGAAAAGUGCUGUUCAGAAAGUGGAGACCAGCAUGCAGAUCCCCUGGCCUUCAAGCUUAGGGAACUGAGGUAAUUGUGUCUGUGGCUUUUUGAGGCGCUUAUUUUUAUUGCUGUCUAUCUAAGAUAAUAGCUGCUCUCCCCCUGUUCUCACUCUUUCUCCCUAUUUCACUCCAAUAGUGGAUGCUGCUCCCUAUUUCCCAAGGGGGCAGCCUCUCACCACCAACUCCUUUUGCGCUCUGAUCUCUGGUAUGUUCUCACUGCUGCUGUCCUGAUGGUCCCUCUCACCAUUCCUCAGUCACAAGACACCCGGACCCGCGGUGCUCCCCAUCAGGAGAGCGUUACACACUGCCUUCCCUUCCCUCUCCCCCACCUCCGAGGCCUCUUUCUUCCACGUGCGUUGUACAAAUGA